AUGUUGACCACGUCGGAGAGGAGAACUUCGACGGCAUUCGUUACUUGGUCAAUGUUGUGGGUGGUGUUGUUGACAUCCUUCGUGAAGGAUGUUCACGCUGCUACUUCAGACGAUUGGAGAAGCCAAUCUAUAUAUCAAAUUAUCACGGAUCGAUUCGCAAGAACGGAUGGCUCGACUACCUAUGCGUGUAACAAUACAGCGCAACUGUAUUGCGGUGGGACCUUUCAAGGAAUUAUCAACCAGCUAGAUUACAUCCAGGACAUGGGAUUUACGGCUAUCUGGAUUUCACCGGUGGUAAAGAAUAUCAACGAAACAACGAAAUAUGGGCAAGGCUAUCAUGGAUUCUGGAGUCAAGAUAUCACUAAGAUCAACGAACAUUUCGGAACACCAGAUGAUCUCAAGCUCUUGUCGUCGUCCUUGCACGAUCGUGGCAUGUACCUGAUGAUCGAUGCGGUUAUUAACGACAUGGCCUACGCAGGGAAAGGGAGCGCAGUCGAUUACUCCACUCUGGUUCCAUUCAACAAAAAAGAAUACUUCCAUCCUUUCUGUUAUAUUACCGAUUAUUCAAACGCAACAAACUUUCAAAAUUGUUGGCUGGGAGACGAUACAGUUUCAUUGCCAGAUCUGAAUACUGAAUCUGACUUUGUCAAGCAGACAUGGGAAACCUGGGUAACAGAAAUGGUCGCCAAUUAUUCUCUUGAUGGCCUUCGUAUCGAUGCCGCCAAACACGUCGACAAGCCUUUCUGGCCUGCCUUCCAACAGGCCGCUAAUACAUUCACUAUUGGUGAGGUCUUUGACGAGCUGCCUACCAAUGCAUGCGAAUGGGCUGUUGAUGCUCUCUCUUCUGUCCUCAAUUAUCCUGCCUGGUACUAUAUCACAUCUAUUCUUUCAAACUCAACGAAUGGUAUGGGAAGUUUAAGUUACCAAUUCGAUCAAACCCAACGAUACUGUUACGAUACCACACUUCUAGGUACUUUUAGUGAGAAUCAUGAUGUUGCUCGUUUUGGAUCCUACACGAGUGACGUGUCUCAAAGAAAAAAUGCCCUUACAUUCGACUUCUUUACAGACGGCAUUCCUAUUGUAUAUUACGGGGCCGAGCAAGGCCUUGACGGUAAAGACGACCCUCAAAACCGUGGAGCUCUUUGGCUAAAUCCAACUGGGUAUGAUACUACCGCAGUUCUGUAUCAACACAUCAAAACUAUGAAUACCGCGCGUAAUGCCGUCAACAAUUACAUGAUAGCAACCAAUUACUCUAAUUGGAGUCCUUAUUGGGCAUACAAAGCCUCGGUCAUAAAACAAACAGACGACGUAUUGGUAUUUAGAAAAGGGAUGGUCCAUUCGAUCGUCACAGCUCUCACCAAUGUCGGUACCGAAGGAGCGGCCGUUGGACCUUACUACAUCGAAGACACCAAUUUUAGCGAAGGAAAUCUUCUCAUUGAAAUCUUGAGUUGUAAUAGCACUGUCGCAGGAUUCGGCGGAACGUUCACCCUCACCUUGACAAAUGGAGAGCCACAGGUUUGGAUGCCGGGCGCCCUUUUGGUCAAUACCACGCUCUGUCCUACACCCAUGAAGAAUGUCAACAAAACACAUGCCUCCACCAGCACAUCUCUCUCAUCUCACACAUCACCAUCAUUAGGCCCAAUCUUUACCGCCUUUUUACUAUCAUCGCUGCUCUUCUUCUCUUAA